GUGUGUUGUGGACUCGUGGUGCUGGCUGCCGCUGUUGAGGCGGCCGGGAACGGGCGGUGGGGAGCGGGCGGAGCUGGCCCUGCCUCUGCCUGGCCGGCGCCGCAGUCGGCGCGGGCCGCGCCCGCCGCCGUAAACUGCCCGGAGCGCCUGCUCAGGCCGAGGGAGAAGUCGGGGCCUGCACCUGGAGGGAGCCUGCCGCGCUGGCCCCGAGGAGGGGGCGUUGCCAUGGCGACAGCCUCUCCCGCUGCUGACGGGGGGCGGGGGCGGCCCUGGGAAGGAGGGCUGGUCUCCUGGCCCCCUGCUCCUCCCCUUACAAUCCCCUGGACUUGGAUGGGCCCGAGUUGGGGGCAACACUCCGGGCAUUGGGGCUUUCCAGCUCUCACAGAACCUUCAGCAUCCCCAGCGGCCAGUCUUGGCAUCUUCGAAGUAAGGAGAGUUUUAGAUGCUUCUGGAUGUUCAAUGCUAGCACCUUUACAGACUGGAGCAGCUCGAUUUUCUUCAUAUUUACUUUCAAGAGCAAGAAAAGUGCUGGGCUCCCACUUAUUUUCUCCCUGUGGUGUUCCGGAGUUCUGCUCCAUAUCCACCAGAAAGCUGGCGGCCCACAGCUUUGGCGCAUCCAUGGCGGCAAUGAUGUCCUUCCCUCCCCAGAGGUAUCACUACUUUUUAGUGCUGGACUUUGAGGCCACGUGUGACAAGCCGCAGAUUCAUCCUCAGGAAAUCAUCGAGUUCCCCAUCCUGAAGCUAAAUGGCCGGACCAUGGAGAUUGAGUCUACCUUUCACAUGUAUGUCCAGCCCGUAGUCCAUCCACAGCUUACUCCCUUCUGUACAGAGCUCACCGGGAUUAUUCAAGCCAUGGUGGAUGGUCAGCCAAGCCUGCAGCAAGUGCUGGAGAGGGUCGAUGAGUGGAUGGCGAAGGAAGGCCUCUUAGAUCCAAACGUCAAGUCAAUUUUUGUCACCUGUGGAGACUGGGACUUAAAAGUCAUGCUCCCGGGCCAAUGCCAGUACUUGGGCUUGCCAGUGGCAGAUUACUUCAAGCAGUGGAUUAAUCUGAAAAAGGCUUACAGCUUCGCCAUGGGCUGCUGGCCCAAGAAUGGACUUCUAGACAUGAACAAGGGCCUCAGCCUGCAACACAUAGGCCGGCCCCACAGCGGCAUUGAUGACUGCAAGAACAUUGCCAACAUCAUGAAGACACUCGCAUACCGAGGCUUCAUCUUCAAGCAGACAUCAAAGCCGUUCUGACUGGCCGAGGAUGGGAUGGGGCAGGACAGGGUAGCUGCUUGGCCCAGCCCAAAACCCUCCUCUCCCUCACCAGAGGGGCAAAGGGAGAGUGGCACAGCUCUACGUCCAGAGUGUCCCCCAGCCCGCCCUGUGGGCUUGUGUCCUGGGUGAGGCUUGGCCACUUGGCCCCUCUGGAACAGACACUUUGUGCCCCCUACCCCCUCCCCUCAACCUCAGCCCAGUAUCAGGCCCUCCCAUUGUGGGCCUGGGCUGGGGGACCUCCUCCUCACUGUCUCCUCCCAGUACAGGCUUCUUGCUGGGGCCACCAAGCCCCCCUGUGCCCCCUCCCAUCUGUAGUGCAUGGUGUGUGGUGCCCCCAGGGCUCCAGGACAGAUCAGGCCCCACCUUGUGUCUACCCCCAUCCCCGCUGUGAACGUGCCACUGAAUAAAGUCGGGGAAACGAG